UCUUUAGUGGUGUAGCAUCAGGGCUGAUAAGGACGGUAUUCAUCCUUCCCUAUAUUUUGUCGCAAGUGUCCGUCCUUAGCCACAGUCCCGUGUUUUGUAACAAGUUACCAUUUUCACAGUUACCGCCCUGUUCUAACUCCAGUAAGUUUUAUAAUGAGUGCCUUUCCCCUCAUGGGGGCUCCUUUAAUUGGUCACCAACACCACGAACUGACACACAUCUUCACUUUUGUGCCAAUUCAUGAAAAGCCUGAUUAGAGCAGUUUUGGUUUCACGAAGUGACACAAAUGUACAACGCAUAUUGUACACUCGUGCAUUAUCGAACAAUCUCGUUUUCACGAAGAAGCACAAAUGUGUGUUUUGUCAAUGUAGAAUAGAAAAAAGCUUUAAAUGUUCAAUAAGAUUUUACUUUACCCGUAAAUGGGUGAAAAAAAUGCUCUUAAAACUCGUAACUGUGUAAAUUAAGGAGAACGUCAAUUUCUGAAUAUGGCAAAUCACGGAGCUCGUAUCACAAGACAUUUGUGCCUCUUCGUGAAAACGAAAAUAUCACAUUUCUAUAAAAUACGAGUUGAAGCGCGCACACAUCUAUAGAUUUGUGUUACUUCGUGGUGUUGGUGACGAAUUUAGAGAGUUUUUAUAGACCUUUCUUUUCUUCAGGCCAACAAAAUCAGUCUCUGGUCAGCGCGGGUGUCGAUUUUGAAAGUGCGCGUCAAUUUUUCCCGUUUUUUCUCAAAAGUCUUAAAACAGCGCCCUCUAUUUCCGCACUGCCUGCACGUUCGCAAGUACAGUAGAUUGAUUGCUAGUAUAUAUCCUGGCCACAAGUCUACACGUCAGAAGGGUAAUUUGCUAAUUCGUAGGUAGUUCGUACCCGGUGAUAGACCCGUUACGACUGCAUGAUCAUGAUGUCGAGCACAAACAGUAGACCAUGGGUAGUUGCCGUUCCUGCGGCUUUCGCGUGAUCCGGCAACAGGUACAGGAGUGUCUCCAAACGCAACAAUGUAGGAGAAAGCGAAAUGUUGGGGACGAACGAGAGCCUUCAUUGUUCCAGUAGUAAUUUAGACGCAACUAACAGCCCGAACAAACCAUGCAAGUGCAUUUUGGGACGGCAAGCUUUUUGUCCACGGAGGAAACGGAGACAGUAAGUACGACAACUGCCUGAGCGACUUUUGGACACUGGACACGUCUGCCAUGACCUGGUCACAACCAACGACAUCAGGGGAGGAGCCUGGACCAAGAUGUCAUCACACGAUGGACGUGGUUGAAGGAAAACUUUGGGUUUUCGGUGGAUGGACAGGCAAGAGGCGAUGUAAUUUCCUUCACUGCCUGAAUCUUGCCACCUGGCAGUGGAGGGACUGCACGGCUACGAUGUCCGCGGUGGACCCUCACUCCAGCCACGCAUCAGCUGUCCUGGAUGACCACACGAUCCUCAUCGUGGGUCGCGGCGAGACUGGGACUCAUGCCAAGUAUGGAUGCAACAUUGACUACUUGGACACCCGGACACUCAAGUGGUCCACCUUCCCGGGCAGCACGAUAUCCCGUGCUGGGCACACGGUGACCUUUGCCCCCAGCAUUUGCACUAGAUAUGCUUUUGUAUACGGCGGGCGACAACGACACGAGACUGAGCACAUUGUUUGCAAAGUGAAGCAUCCCCUGCCGGCACUUUUUUCGUCGGGCUUCCCAGAGGCAAUGCUGAAAAAUGGAAGGAGGGUUGAGCCACCUCCGGGCAGGAGCUACCACAGCGCCGUGGACGUCAACGGCGUGAUUGUCAUCUACGGAGGCUUCAUCCAAGGGAAGUCAGUCAGGGGCUUGUUGGACGGGGUCAAUGAACUUUACCUCCACAAUGGACAGAACCAGGCAUGGCUUGUACCACAAUUAAAAGGGGAAUGGCCCAAAAGGGCAGGGCAAAUAGCGGCUCGGAUUGGGGAGGCCAGUAUUCUUCUUUUUGGAGGAGAACAUGCUGGAAGGCAAUUUAAUGACGUUCAUGUCAUCACAUGGUGAUGCAACAGACAUCUAGCGCACUGAAAGUACUUGCCAAUUAUCAGAAAUAUUGUUCAGUAUCUGAAUGAUGCCUCUAUAAAUGCUUUAAAAUUUCAUGUGUGCUUCUCAUCUGUUGUUACAUGCAAAAUGGACUUUGGUGUUGAUAUGGAUGAAAUUCAGUUUGUUAGUUCAUUGCUAUUCAUGAAAUUUGUUUAUAUAAUUGUUAUGCCUUAAAUUAAUUUACAAAAGUCUAGGAAUAGGCAAUGGAUGGAAUAUCAGUCGGUUGAAAGGAAGUUAACCAGAAUGUUUGAAAAUGAGGCAAACCUUCACAAAAAAAUGGAGGGAUAUUUGUUUGCACAGAAAUGUUGAAGUACUUGUAUUGUGUUUUUGUUGGUUUUCCAUUUUUUCAAAAGUUUCUCAAACUUCACGGUCAAAAAGUUGGUUUGAAAUUUUGUUUUGCUUACACUCUUGAUUUAAAGUGAACCCAAAAGUACUACAUAAACUGAUACCUGUAUAAUACUGCCUAAUGACAACUUCCUGAGUUUUCCCUAUGUAUUUCGAGCCAUUUGCUUUUCAAUGACAUAGACGUACAGCAUAAAACAAAAUGGGAUGACGGAUGAUCAUUUAAUAAACGCCAAAGAAAUCAGCCUUUCGACCUCAGAUAGUAGAACAGAACAACCUUAUUAUCCCUCUUGGGGAAAUUUACGUGGCCUUUAGAGAAAACAAAUCACAGGCAGGACGAAUAAAAAUUAUAUAGAAACUAAAAUUACACUCAAAAUGUAUAGACAGGUUAAGAUAGUAAAACAAGAACAUACCCAUGAAACACUGAUAUGAUUACAGUAAAUAAAAAAGUCCAACUCUUACAGUGAAACUCAGAAUUCAAUUACAAUUCAUAAAAAUACAGUGUACACGCACAGAAAUAAUAAUUAUUAAUGGAAUUAUCAUUCAGCGAAAGGGACUUGUUCCACAGUAGCUCCUCGUUCCAGCGUCUCGUUGUGCGUGAACAAAUGAGUCACCGUAGCACUGUGUUCUGAUUCUUCCUGGUAGAAGGCGAAUACUCCUAGAACUGAAAUGAAAUUUCAAAUUUGGCAUGAAACGAAUGAUGCGAUUCUGACACAACAAUUUUUGUUUUUUUACGCGUGAGGAAUUUAUACAGUGCUUUGGGAGACCAACAGAUCUGCCUACUUGUUGAACAGUUCGACUUUGAUCGUAGGCCCUUGUAUUUUCAUAGACACAAAUUAGACAAAAAAUGAAAAUACUCUGUACUAAAGUGUAGCAAAACAUUUGGAGCACCAUCUGGUCAACAUCAUCCUCGAUAAAAAUCAUUCCAGGUGGUAAGUACGAAGCAUUCUCUGAGAGACUCGAUUGCUUGACUUCACUAGGAUUUCACUUGAAUCUUCUUGGCAGGUCCUUGUCAAGGAUACUCUGCACGAUAUGGGCCGAGCCCCCCCCCCCCGUCCAAUCCAUGUACACACUCUAGACUAUUGUUACCCAACAUAUCCCCCCUAGAUGUCUGUAAUCGAGCUAAUAAUGGUUUCGCUCGGUAUGCCCAUAGAGCUACAUGGUAUGCCCUAGCAAUAGCAUUUGUCCAAGCAUGCAUUGUAACGAGUCGGGCAGUUCAUAUACUGGUAAAACGUGGGCAAACAAUCGGACUACAUGAGUCGAAGUUGAAGAUAAAUAGUGCUAUAAAUACUUGAUAUAACGGUUUUUGUCCUUACCCAAUGUAUAUACAGUGUAUUAAUAAACACUUUUUGGUCACUGUAAAUUACAAUCCCCCCUACACAAAUAAUCAUCUUGAAGAUAUAAAUACUUAACAGUUAACAUUUUAAUUAUGUCAUCUGUCUUUAUUAUUUCAUCGGGCCUCCGUGGAGACCUUCAAAAAUUGCAGCUGCCGACGGUGUUUCACGUCGUCAGUGCGGGGUAUUGGGAUAAGUUUUCAACUAGCAAUAAUCGCACCUCGGUUAAACCUCAUUGGUUACGA